AAUAAAUAAAUAAAUUUAAAAUAAAACAUUGUCAUUGACAUCGAGCGCCUAUGCACCAGUCGCGGAGACUCCUGCAAGCCUUGACGAACCUGAUUUGUUGACACCCAGUCAUUGUUCAAAAUCUACUCAGACUACAGAGACGGUAGUGUUUCGACCAACUUAAAAUAAGGGUUUUAACAUAAAACCAGACCGGAGAAACAAAACCGUGCAGGCUAUCGCAAACAUGGUGGACUCGGCUACUGAACCGGCUUUAUUUGAUUCUGAGGCUAAGGUCGAGGGACACUUUGAGGAGGAAGACACGGAGGAUGAUAUCCAUGAUGAUGACUUCGACAGUUCAGAGAAGGAUCCUGAUUGGGAGCCUGAUCAUGACUGAGGAGAAAUUGAUGUCAGAUGAUGAGGAGGAAGAAAAGGAGGUUUGAGUAAUGAAGUAAAGAACAGCAAUGCCAUGGAGCUGGAGGGUCUCAAGCGGGCACUCUCAAACCUGUUCAACAACGGGAUAGACGUAUCAGACCUGGUUACUGACCGCCAUGUCCAAGUCAGGAAGUUCUUGAGAGAGGAGAUGGGCCGGGUUCGCCAUUGGUUUGAUGCCUGGCAUAUGGCUAAAGGGAUCAAGAAGAAGCUAAUAGCACUUGGAAAGAAAUAAGCCGUGCGAACUAGUGAGACAGUGGGCUCAGUCAAUUGCCAAUCACCUGUGUUAUUGUGCAGCUUCAAGUGCUGGCAAUGGUGACAUGGUGGUCGCGAGAUGGAUGUCAAUUGGAAACCAUGUUUCCGACAUACACGAAGGUCACGGGGACUUGUUUCCGAAGUGCCUCCAUAGUCCCAUACAGAGGAACUGGAUUAAGAAAGGCGCACAAGGAAUUACUGUUGGUCAUCGGAAGCAAGCGCCUUCUCUCUGACAUUCGCAUGCUGUCACCAGCUGAAAAGACCUCGAUGCUGGAGGCUCAACACAAGGUGGCCUGCCAAUUUGCGCCAAAAUUUGUCAGCUUUUCAUACGCAGCAAUGAAACAGAGAUUGCAUCUGGCAGCCCUGCAUCCCGUUUCUAAUGCGCACAGAAAACAUGCAGAGACGAAGAACGGCGAAAAGCGCUACAGAAUUUCGUAUCCAAAGUACAAGGCGGGACACCAUAUCUUGAAACCUGUGAAAGAGGCCUGUAAUUAUGAUUAUGUCAUAGAGCUCAUGGCUGAAUUGCUGCAAUUAAAAGAACAGUUCAAGAGCACCAGGAUUGCUAAGCAGACAUAUUCUUCCAUUCUGUUCUCUCCACCACCUUUGGCAUCAUCUGCGAAGAAAAUUUUGAAGAAUGAAGCAGUGCAGUUGCACCGCUCUAGGUUCAAUUAAUUACAGGAAUUGGAAACAACUUGGCAUGCCAUUUGUCAUGUAUUGCUCCAGCUGGGUUUAGUUACGUGCGUAAGGUGUCAUCCCAGAUUAGCCUGUGCCAUACAUGUUUAUAAUUUAUUUAAAAAAAUCCUCGCGCUGGAAAGAUGGGGCUAAGCGUGCGCAAAAAUGUUGUCCCAUAUUAGCCUGUGUCCCUGAUAAGAAUGUGCAGAAUCCACGUGAAAACAUGAUAUGCCCCAAGUUUUAUAUGACAAUGUCUACGAACAUGCCCUUUUGACAAAUUAGAACCAAAUCCUAGUUGAAGCACUGCUCACGUAUUGUUUGAAAUUAACAUAGCAACUACAAUGAUUUUUUGAAAAAUGUGAAUGUAUUAUUUUGACAAAUAUGCUGUAAUAAUACUUUUCCCAUUGUGUUUUAAACUGUUAGUAUCAAAAUGUUAAUGUCAACACCUUUAUUUUUAAAUGUUGGGACCAUGUAGUGUUUUUUGUGUGUAAGUAUUGGUCUGUAAAAUAUGUUAUAAAAGUCAUUAUGUUAAAGGUACUUAAUUUGACUCCAUAACAAGUUGUAUUGCAACAUUGUGCUAGUAAAGCUCAUUUACUUAUUCCGUCCAGUUUUCUAUAACUUGUCGUCAGGUUACAAGUUGUUCUGUUGUUGUGUCUGUGGUAAUUUAUAUUUUUAUGCCCCCCCCCCCUUCGAAGAAGAGGGGGUAUAUGGCUUUGCUCAUGUCUGUCGGUAUGUCGGUCGGUCGGUCUGUCGGUUCGUCCACCAGAUGGUUUCCGGAUGAUAACUCAAGAACGUUUAGGCCUAGGAUCAUGAAACUUCAUAGGAACAUUGAUCAUGACUCGCAGAUGACCCCUAUUGAUUUUGUGGUUACUAGGUCAAAGGUUAAGGUCACAGGUCAAGGUCACAGUUACUUGAAAUAGGAAAAUGGUUUCCGGAUGAUAACUCAAGAACGCUUACGCCUGGGAUCAUGAAACUUCAUAGGAACAUUGGUCAUGACAGGCAGAUGACCCCUAUUUAUUUUCAGAUCACUAGGUCAAAGGUCAAGGUCACAGUGACCUGAAGUAGUAAAAUUGUUUCCGGAUGAUAACUCAAGAACGCUUAGGCCUGGGAUCACGAAACUUCAUAGAGACAUUGGUCAUUACCGGCAGGUAACCCCUAUUGUCAGGUCAUUAGGUAAAAGGUCAUGGUCAUGGUGACUCACCACCACAACCACCACCACCACAACCACCACCACCGUUCAGUGACAAAAAACGUAUUUACACAAUGGCUGCCAUUACAACUGACAGCCCAUAUGGGGGGCAUGCAUGUUUACAAACAGCCAUUGUUAGAUGUUGCAAUAAACUUGUAUGCUACAUA